GAAAGCAAGGAAAAGCAAGCAACAAAGAAAGCAACUUGUCUACGGCGAGACUCUAACUACAAGACAUCAUGAAGACUCUGGCUCUCCUCUCCAUCUGUGCUCUUCUGUCAGUGUGCUGGUCCAUGGGAGCUGUGGAACCUGAGGUUGUCGUGGAUCCUGCUGCUGACACAGCUGCUGAAGCUGCACCUGCCGACCCUGCAGCUGCUUCCUCUGACUCCUCAUCUGCUUCGGACUCUUCUUCAUCCUCCGAGUCUGAUUCAGCCUCCUCCUCCGAAUCCGACUCUUCCUCGGACUCUUCAGCAUCUGAUUCCAACUCAAGCUCAGACUCUUCAGCCUCCGAUUCAUCCUCCUCAUCUGAGUCCUCCGAGUCCUCUGAAUCUUCUGAAUCUUCUUCCUCCGAGUCUUCUUCUUCUGAAUCCGACUCCUCAGACUCCUCUGACUCUUCUGCCUCUGACUCUUCCUCUUCAUCAUCCUCAUCUUCAUCAGAGUCAGCCAGUGCUGAGGCUGCUCAAGUAGUCAUGAAGAGGGACCUGGCUGCUGUUCUCCUGAGGAGAAGAAGAGCUGCUCCAGCAGGCGACCUCUCCCCUCUGCAGCUGGAAAGCCUAAGAGAGGUGUGUGAGAUGAAUAAUGCCUGCGAUGAGAUGGCUGAGACUGCAGGCAUCGUUGCCGCAUACGUCGCCUACUACGGACCUGUCCCCUUCUAAGUUAAAGACUCCUCUUUAGUGCACAUGUGAACUGUUUUUUUCUGACAUUUUGGUAUAGAACAGUGCAACAACAACUCCCCCAAAUCCAGAGAAGGAGCAGAAAAACAAAAAAGAUGGGUUUGGCCCAUGGUAUGAAACCAGAUGGAGAUUUUUUUUUCUUUAGGCACAAAUCAUUGCACAAGUGAUCAGCUUCAGUGGUUUUAUUCAUAUAAGGCCUCUUCCAUGCUUUCAGAGAGGCACAUGGAAACGCUAGCCUGUGAAGUAUGCGGUAGCCCCAAACAAUUUAAAUUAUUCUUUGCGUCUACAGUAAAAUGAAUUGAAUGGUGCUACAAGUGCAAAUGUAUUGUAUGUUAAUGUAUUGAUGUUUUUAUAUCAUGCUUUAGUCUUACUUUAAUUGUUAGUUCUAGUGAGUAGUGGAUGUAGUAAUGAGUUGUUAGAAGUACUGUAGUUUUAGUAAUGUAGUGAUAGUGGCAGUGUACAGUAUGUGUAAAAUGCACAUCACUUAUCUGUAAUGACUGUAACCACAAAUCGCCUCUGGGUUUGAGAAUAAUAAAUUAUUUUGUUUUGUCAAA